CAAACCCAUCUCGAAUCUGUAGCCCUACAAAACCCACCCCCUCCCCUUCGACACCCCAAGGAAGAAAAAGCCCACCACGCAUGCGCCAUGUCCGAUAGACCCUCGCACCGAGGCGGCCGGGGCGGUCAGGGAUCUCACCCCCGUGGCGGGCGAGGAGGCGGAAGAGGAGGAGGCGGCGCUGGAGCGGGUGCCCACGAUCGCGAGAGGACCAAGAAGGAGAACAUUCUCGACCUGGCCAAGUACAUGGACAAGCAGAUCACUGUCAAGUUUAACGGCGGACGAGAGGUCAAGGGCACUUUGAAGGGUUACGAUGCUUUGAUGAACCUGGUUCUGGAUGAUGUACACGAAGUUGUCCGAGACGACGAAGGCAACGAGUCCACCCGCUCCCUCGGUCUCGUCGUCGUUCGAGGCACCCUCCUCGUCCUCGUGAGCCCCGUCGACGGCAGCGAAGAGAUCGCCAACCCCUUUGUCCAAGCCGAGGAUGAAUGAAGCACCAAUUCUCUGGAGAAAUAUACCUAGUUGGAAAGAAUCACAAAACGGUGUGAAGGAAGAAGCCCUGAUACAUAGGGUGGCCGGCCGCUGUUGUGGCCUUACCUACCAGUGUCUAGCUGGCGGAAUGACGUGAUGACCCUUUUAGACUUACAUCUACUAUCACAACUUGUUGGAUUGCGAAUGAACGGCGAGAUGCCAGAUGUGGCUUGUCGAGUUAAGCUCAACCAGCCUGGUGACUUCACGCCAUGAGAGGGCAUGGUAUCACGUUCUUCACAUCAACAGUCUUGUUUUAAGUCAAGGCAAUAUACCAUAUUCACAAG